AAUAGUGACAGGAGGGAGGGAGUACUCUUUUUCAAUUCUGUUUUCGUAAAAGCCCAAAACCCACAUUAGUCCAUAAAGAAGCCAUUCAUAAUCAUUCCCACCCUCACUCACCUAGUCACCUACAAACAAUUCUUGCACUGCACCUCUGAUUUCAUCGAUUCUCGGUUUCUUCAGCCAUCACUUUUUCUCGCCUAACACACUGUCCGUGACCAGAACGCAAUAACCCAAACCCCAAUAAAUAACACACCCUUCAGCUCAUUCAUUCAUUCAUUAUUCACUCACCCCUUCAACUUCAAUUUCAAAUCCAAAACAAAACCCUCAUCAAUCAUCAUCAUCAUCAUCAUCAUCAUCAAAAUCCGAAUCAAAACUCAGAAUAUUCCUCCAAUUUCAAAAAAUAAAAAACCUCUCUGUUUUUCUCAACCCCAUAAACCCAACCUUCUCCAAAAAAAAAAUUCAAAAAAAUCGAAAAUGCAAACCCUAGCGUUCGAACAAGGUUGGGUUGUGUUCCCAUUUUUCUCCAUGUUCCUCACCAUCUACCUCUUCGGCUACUUCAUCAUUUUCCGCAACCGGAGCCCCGAGAUUCGAUCCGAAUCAUGCAGCUGCCUCAUCUCCCUCUUCCACGGCACCCCCGCCGUCAUCCUCGGCGUCACCGCCAUCACAAACUCCGGUUUCGCCGCCGCCAACACCGCGCUCCAGAACACCGUCCUUGAUUUCAGCACCGCCUACUUCGUCACCGAUCUGUUACACUACGUCGCUUUCUCUGCCACCGCCGACGCGCUCUUCGUCGCGCACCACCUCGCCACGCUCUUCGUGGUUGUCACGUGCCGUCACGCGGUCUCGCACGGGGCUUUCGCGGUGCUCAUGCUUCUCGUCCUCGCCGAGGUGACUAGCCUGUGCCAGAAUAUUUGGACUCUCGCCGGAGCUCGCCGCCGGGAGGAUCCGUUUGCUGCUAAGGUGUAUGACGCGAUAUCGCCGCCGUUUUACGCGGUGUACUCGGUUGUGAGGGGUUUGGUGGGUCCUUACUUUGUUUACCGGAUGGUUGCGUUUUACGCCGGUGGGGGUGCGCGUGGGCUUGUUCCGGCGUGGGUUUGGGUUUCUUGGGUGGUGGUUGUGGUUAUGGCGAUUGGUGGAAGCAUUAUGUGGAUUUACUCUCUUUGGCUUCAGCUUUAUCGUGAGAGAAGUGGAGUGAAAUUGGAGAAGAAAGUUAGAUAGGGAUUGUUGUAAGUAUAACAUUUAGAACUAGCAUUGUUCAUGAUUUGUUUGAUAUUGGUGGUAAUUUUUCUUCUUCUUAUUAUUAUAAUUUACUUUUUAUUGGUUUCUUUUGAUAUGAA